AUGGACACUGGUGGAUACAGCGAGCUGGAUGCUGCAAUCGAGGAGGUCCCCAGAGGGCAGCUGGGACGCUGGGAGUACUACAAACAAAGGCUUUUCUUCCUGGUCUUGGCUUUCCUGGUGGCCACAGUGCUAUGGGCUCUCGUUCUGAGCACCCUGUUGUCCAAGGCCUCCAGCGAGCGCAGGACACUGCUCAGCCGCCAGGACCUGCUGAAGACAAACGCCUCAGAGCAAAAGAUGAUGUUGAGUGCCCUGAAAGAGGAUGUCGGAGCCUGCAGGAACUGCUGCUCCGGGAUUAAAGCGCAGUUGCAAACCACACUCGCUGAGUUUAAGGACAUACAGGCAAAGCUGUUGGAGCAGGAGAGUACCCUUAAAGAACUGCAAGAGCGUGUGACCCAGGGCUUGGCUAAAGCAGGCAGAGAUCGUGAGGACAUCCGCAGUGAGCUGCUCCAGGCGCUGGAAGCUGUCAAGCAACAGAACAGAUCCUGUGAGCAGUGCCCCACAUCAUGGCUAUACUUCCAAGGCUCCUGCUAUUAUUUCUCUGAGACGCAGGCUAUAUGGGGCACAGCACAGAGCUACUGUUCAGGCCAUGGUGCCCACUUGGUGAUUGUCAAAGGCCCGGAUGAGCAGGGCUUCCUGAGUCAGCAUACACACGGCCGAGGCUACUGGUUGGGUCUGAAGGCGAUUCGCCACCUCGGCAAGAUUCAAGGCUAUCAAUGGGUAGAUGGAGUCUCACUCACCUUCAGCCACUGGAACUCUGGAGAGCCCAACGAUUCCAGAGGACAUGAGGACUGUAUCAUGAUGCUGCACUCGGGGCUGUGGAAUGAUGCACCGUGUACCAAUGAGAGGGAUGGCUGGAUCUGCGAGAAGAGGAGCAGUUGCUGAUCCUGCCCAAUGUCCCAGUGCCAUGCCCAUUGCCUCAGGGUGAAUCAGAAGUGUGGCUCAUGUUCCUUGAGCCCACCACCAAGGUUUUUUUUUCUAUUGCACCAUUACUAAGAGCCACUCAGCCUCACCAGUGCAUGAUUUGGAGACCCUAGCUCCAACUCACAAAAUACUCUAAACCUCCCAGCUAACCUGACUCUUGUCAAUUUCAAAAUCACUGCUCUAAAGCCUUGGUCAUAUGACCCCCUCACCUACCUUCCUAGACAGUGUUAGAGCUGUUGUACCUUCCUGUAUCCUCCUAGAC